UGCGGUAGCGGGGCGGAAGCGGGGCGAGAGGGGCACGCGAGCGGGCGCGGGUACGAGGCGUUUCCCGGGGAGGCGGCCAAUCUGUGCAGUGCCGAGCCGGGAUUCGCUCUUCCGCUUGCUCUGCCCAGGCCGCCUCUCCUGCUGCGAUUCUUGCCGUAGCGUCUGCCGAGAGUGUGGGGAGAGCUGCGGAAAGCAUGGCCGGCCCUCGGGCAGAUCCAACAAAUGAGCGGGAUCCAAGUUGCCUUACGCCGCCACUGCUUCGACCUGAACCCGCAGUGUUGCGGGAUGCGCUUGCAGAGUGCUUGGCUCUGCUCAGGCAACUUCUCCCGCCACUCAGGAAUUGAGGGGGUGGGGAAUGGGAGAAGUCUUGGGGAGGAGCUUGUAAUUAAUUAUUCCGUUAAAACUUUUUACAUUUCUUUCUGAGCGAGAAUGUGCUCACUGCAGAGAAUUUGGAAAGCAUGGGAAAUUGUUGUAUAAGAAGACAGGGAGGCGUUGAAGUAGGGAGGAGUUGAGGAGUUGGAAUCACGUGUGGCCCCAGGGGCGGUGGGUAACCUAUUGCUUUGCAAGUUGCAGAAGGCGGCGCUACCCCGGGGGCUGAGAGCUGAGAUUUGGGGAAGUGAGAGCUGCGCGGGCGGGCGGUGCGGGUGGAGAGUCGGCCAUGCGGUGUUUGUUUCCUUCCACCUCCUGCGGCAGCUGUUCACGAUGAGGAGAGCGGGGCUAGGGCGGAGCGGCCUUGCCCCCCGGACCUGAGCGCUCACCCGCCGCCGGGAUUUCCCCGACUUGACCUGGGUCAAAGGCUAUGAGUGCUCGGUAAAUAGGAGGAGUUAGGAGUCGUGGGCCAGAGACUACGGGAGGUGAUGCCGGCUGGGUUUUGAGUGGCUUGGGGAGAGUGAAGAAACCCAAAAAUGGAGGACUUUUCCACCAGGACCUAUGGCACCAGUGGCCUGGACAACAGACCUCUGUUCGGAGAGACGUCGGCCAAGGAUCGAAUCAUCAAUUUAGUUGUUGGAAGCUUAACGUCUUUAUUGAUUCUAGUAACGCUGAUCAGUGCUUUUGUUUUCCCUCAACUACCUCCAAAACCAUUGAAUAUAUUUUUUGCUGUUUGCAUCUCUUUGAGUAGUAUUACUGCCUGCAUACUUAUCUACUGGUAUCGACAAGGAGACUUAGAACCGAAAUUUAGAAAUCUAAUUUACUAUAUCUUAUUUUCUAUCAUCAUGUUAUGUAUAUGUGCAAACUUGUACUUCCAUGAUGUGGGAAAGUGAGGCUGCCAAGGAGAAACACUUACCAGGACUCUUCAAAGCUAUAUAUUAGGACUGUGAAGAAGAGCUGGAAAAGGUAUGCUGGAGAAUCUCCUGCAGGAGUCUGACACAUGAUUUUCAUGUUAAUAGUAAAUCUAAAUUCCCUCUUGCAGGGGAGACCUAGCAUAGAUCACUAUGCUUUUGUCUUUAAGGAGCUGAUAUUGAUGUUGCACUUCAACAUUCCAACUCAACUCUUAAAGCUCAAACAGCACAAAUAAUUUUCACUUUUAAAAAUUAAAAAUUUUUUAUAAUAUAAUUGCAUGGCGAAGAAGCUAUGUAACAAACAAAAUCUUGCAUCCUAAGACAAAUAUUCUUUUAUUUCUGUUAAACUGAAUAUACAAUUAUUGUUCCCUAUACAACCAACUUUUACUUAUAACUACAACUUAAUUUCACAUUAACAAAACACAGUGAAAAGACAACUUUGAUUGUGAAGGUCUAAUUACAAGAAUAAAUAAAAUAAUUUAUACAAG